AUAAGGUGUUGCGUCCAUUAUGUUUUAUUUUAUUCUGUACACAUUAAAUACAUGUAAAAGAAUAAUAUUCAACACUUCCGUUUUUCAGAAUAGCUUCGCCUGCUUGCUGCCAGCUUGCUUUAGGAACGUAGACUGCGCAUGCGUCAAUGGCCAUUUUGGACUACUGUUAUAAAGAUUGCAGCGAAAUUUUAGGAAAAACGUCGGCGAGACGACGAGGUUCUUGCCGCGUCUACCCUCUUGUCGCUAUACUUUUUUUUGCGAGGAUUGCUAGUUACAGUUAGAACAAGCUCGUCUCAGUGAAGUUUGAAGCCUCUCUGGUUAGCUUAGCUUGCUAGCUGCUCACAAAGAGAUGAUCAACACAUCGCUAAGCAGAGAUCAAGUGUGAAAAUGUGCGAGAGAACGAUAGCGGAGUACGACGAGGAACGUUCUCGAACAGAGGAGAACGUUUCCAAGAAGCCUCAAGUUGUGUUACACAGAGCAGACAGUCAGCGAAGAACAUCUUCCCCCUGAGCAGCAGGAGUGGAGCCCCAGGAUGGAACAGGAUAAGCCACAGCCCACCCACAUUAAAGAGGAAGAGGAAGAUCACAGCAUCAGUCACAAGGGAGAGCAUCUAGAAGGACUGGAGGAGUUCCCAGUGAUUCGUGUCAUUGUGAAGAGUGAAGCUGAUGAAGACAAAGGUGAAAGUGAAGAGAAGAGAGACGUGGAGCCUCCAAGCAGCAGCUCAACUCAACACAUGACAACAGAAGCUGAUGGAGACCAUUAUGGAGGAUCACAAGCAGACAACCUCUUACCUCCACUAUCAGAUAGUGACGACACAACGUCACACUCGCCUGACACUGAAGAUGAUGAAUCUAAAGCUGAUAUGACAUGUCACACUGACAACAAACGCUUUAAAUGCUCUCAGUGUGGCAAAACUUUUAAUUACCGUAGUAAUCUGAAAACACACAUGAGAACCCACACAGGAGAGAAACCAUUCAUGUGUUCAGUUUGUGGUAAAAGAUUCUCUCGGAAGCUGUAUUUGACAGAACAUACUAGAAUACACACUGGAGAGAAACCUUUUUCCUGUACAGUGUGCGGAAUGGGAUUUAGACUAAAUCAAGAUUUGAAAAUACACACGACAAUACACACUGGAGAGAUCCCUUUUACCUGUUCAGUCUGUGGUAAAGGAUUCUCUCUAAGAACAAAUUUGACAGCACACACAAAAAUACACACUGGAGAGAAGCCUUUUAUCUGUUCAGUGUGUGGUAUAGGAUUUAGAAUAAAUCAGGAUUUGAAAGUACAUAUGAGAAGACACACUGGAGAAAAACCAUAUUCCUGUUCAGUGUGUGCUAUGGGUUUUGUACAAAAUCAGUCUUUGAAAAGACACAUGAGAACACACACUGGAGAAAAACCAUAUUCCUGUUCCGUGUGUGGUAUGGGUUUUGUACAAAAUCAACAUUUGAAAUUACACAUGAGAAGACACACUGGAGAAAAACCAUAUUCCUGUUCCGUGUGUUGUAUGGGUUUUGUACAAAAUCAAUCUUUGAAAAGACACAUGAGAAGGCACACUGGUGAGAAAGUGUUUAGUUGCAGUGUGUGUGAUGUAAGAUUCUCUUAUAAGUACCAGCUUAACAAUCACAAGUGUGCUGGUGAGAACAGCAGCAGUAAAUGA